AUGAUUCAUUUGUCGACUCAUGUUCGGCGAUAUUUUUUCAUUACCUUAUUGAUCUAUUUUUUCACGAUAUUUUUAAGUUUUCUCAUCUAUUUCGUACUAAUUCUUCUAGAAAAACGCAUUCCACUUUUUACUAACUCGAUCUAUUCCAUCGGCGAAACAAUAUUCAGUGGAUUUCAUGUUCUAUUCGCACCUCUCCGCUACCUUUUACCUUAUCUGUCCGAUGACGAGUACUACUUGAUAUUCAUUCAUAGUCUCGUCACUACAUUUGCUUUUUUCUACACCUACCUAUUCUAUGUUAUUCGUCCGGAUUUGUUUGCGAAUGCAUCUUCCGCAUCGAACAUUGUCUACUCACAAUGCAAUCUAAAUAGAAAAAAAACACAACAAUAUACCAAGAGACAGAUUUAUCUUCGAGUAAUUAUUCCUAGUAGUGAAAAUCUGCUACUAAACUCUACGACGAAGAUUUUCAAAAUUCUUUUUACCAGGCCAGUCAAGAAAAAAGGGGCAGUGGAAAUUGAUAAAAAGGAACAUAUUUACGCUCAUCCGGAUCAUGUGGACAAAUUGCAAGAUUUCGAUUCCAUUGGAGUAACGACCCUAUAUGAUGUUUUCAUGCGCGGAUUGAAAAUUGGUGGUGAUCGACCACAAUUUUCUUACAGAUUAUCGUCAGAUGAACCAUUCAAGUCAUAUACCUACAAACAAGUCUUUCAAAUAAUUAAAGAAACAGGUAGCGGUAUCGCUAAACUCGGUCUUCAACCAUCCAAUCAAACGUUCAUUGGCAUUUAUGGUUCUGCGUCAGUUAACUAUGCAUUAUCUGUUUAUACUUGUUGGCCAUUUUCAAUGGUUCCUGUUGGCAUUUAUGAUUCACUCGGUCGCGAUGGUGUACGAUUCAUAAUCAAACAUGCUGAAGUCCGAUUAAUUUUUGCUGAUGAUGUGACACGUGUGCGCAAUCUAAUUGAUUGGAAGGAUGAAACAUUAGCAUUGGAGACAAUAAUUACAUUUGUUGACCCAACACCUGAUUUACUGGCAGCUGCGGAGGAGAAAAAGCUCACAUUGAUGACGUAUGAAAAAUUGAAAGAACUCGGCCGAGAAAAUCCCAUUGAGUUCAAUGCACCAAAGCCAAGUGAUAAAGCUUUAAUUAUGUAUACAAGCGGAAGUACUGGAGAACCCAAAGGUUGUAUUAUUACACAUGAAAAUUUUCUCUGUGCAAUGUUUGGUUGUGCCACAGCGAUUGAUUUAGAAUCAUUGGGAAAAAAUGAAGUACCACGCGCGAUGAACUUCCUUCCUAUGGCUCAUAUGUUUGGAUGUGGAACAGUGGUAGCAAUCAAUUACUUAGGUGGAGAAGUUGGCUUUUGGCAAGGCAAAGUCGAGAAAUUAUUGGAUGAUUUCCGAGAUUUUCGACCCACAAUGUUAUCAAUUGUCCCUCGUCUAUUGAACAAGUUAUAUGAUAAAGUUCGAGGAGAAGUUCUCAAGAAAGGUUUACCAGGUCGAAUCCUAUUCCGACUAGCUGUUAAUGGUAAACUUGCUCUUAUACGACGCGGUGAUUUCGCACAAGAUACUCUCUGGGACAAAUUAUUAUUUGACAAAGUUCGCAAACAAUUCGGCGGACAAGUCCGACGUGUUAUUUCUUCAAGUGCACCACUAUCGGCUGAAGUUUGUCAAUUUGCACGUGCAGCAUUUUCGUGCUUUUUCAUUGAAGCAUACGGACAAACCGAGUGUGUGAUAGGUUGUUGGCAAACCUUACAUGAUAUGGAAUCUGGUGAAACGGGUAUUCCAACUUGUUUCAAUCACGUCAAAUUGGUUGAUGUGCCUGAGAAGGAUUAUUUUGCACGAGAUCGCGUUGGCGAAAUUUGUAUUCGAAGUCAGGCCGUCUUCAGUGGAUAUCUGAAAGAUCCAGAGAAAACAAAAGAAGUUGUUGAUGAAGACGGGUGGUUACACACAGGUGAUAUCGGACGGUGGACAAAAAAUAACACUAUGAAAAUCAUCGACCGAAAGAAGAAUAUGUAUAAAUUAAGCCAAGGUGAAUACAUAGCACCAGAGAAAAUCGAAGAUUGUUAUUCUCGUAGUCAAUUCGUUUCUCAAAUAUUUGUUUACGGUGAUUCGUACAAGAAUUUUCCUGUUGCCAUUGUCGUUCUGGAUGACAGUUUUGUCCAGAAAUGGAAGCAAAACAAUGAGAAUAGUGCAGCAGCCAAUACUGAAGUAGGACUGAAAGACGUUGUUUUGAAUGAUAUGAUUCGUGAGGGCAAGAAACGUGGUUUAAUGUCGUAUGAACAAGUCAAAGCGAUCGAAUUCAUCAAAGAACCAUUCACAAUUGAAAAUGGUCUCCUAACGCCAACAUUUAAAUCACGACGAUUUGCAGUGGAAAAGAAGUAUAAGGAUAUUUUCCUCGAUUUAUACAAGAAAACCGACUCGACGUCAUAA